AUGGAUGCCGCUGAGGAGCUCCGCCAGUGCCCUGCCAGAGGGACAUGCCCCGUGUACCUGGCCAUGCGCUCGGGGGCUGUCCGUUAUGCCCCGUCAGGCCCUGUACAGGAGAGCAACUUGGGAGAGGAGCCCUGGACUACAGGCAGCUCACCUCAGCCAGAAGAGGGGCUCCCGCCACCCCUCACUGGCCCAGCUUCCUGGAAGAGCGUGGGUCCCUGCAAGAGCCACAGGGAAUCCCCAGGAGCCCUGGUGGAGACCUCUGCAGGGGAGAAGGCCCAAGGCGAGGAGGGUCCCACAGCUGCCCACCUGGACGUGUCACGCCUGCGCAGCAGCUCCAUGGAGAUCCGAGAGAAGGGCUCAGAGUUCCUGAAGGAGGAGCUGCACAAAGCCCAGAAGGAGCUGAAGCUGAAGGAUGAGGAAUGUGAGCGACUGUACAAGGUGCGUGAACAGCUGGAGCGGGAGCUGGAGGAACUGACAGCCAGCCUGUUCGAGGAAGCCCAUAAGAUGGUUCGGGAGGCCAACAUGAAGCAGGCUACGUCAGAAAAACAGCUCAAGGAGGCCUGGGGCAAGAUUGACAUGCUACAGGCAGAGGUGACGGCCUUGAAGACCCUGGUCAUCACGUCCACGCCAGCCUCUCCCAACCGUGAACUCCACCCCCAACUGCUGAGCCCUACCAAGACCGGGCCCCGAAAGGGCCACUCACGCCAUAAGAGCACCAGCAAUGCCCUCUGCCCCGUUGUGUGCCCCGCUGCAGGGCGUACCCUCACCCCAGACAAGGAGGGCAAAGAGGUGGACACAACCCUAUUUGCAGAGUUCCAGGCCUGGAGGGCAUCGCCCACCCUCGACAAGACCUGCCCCUUCCUGGAAAGAGUCUACCGAGAGGAUGUGGGCCCCUGCCUGGACUUCACCAUGCAUGAGCUCUCCGCCCUUGUCCGGGCUGCUGUGGAAGACAAUACACUGACCAUCGAGCCCAUUGCUUCGCAGACACUGCCCGCAGUGAAGAUGGCCACUAUUGAGUGUGGUAGCUCCAGCAGCAACACGUGUGCCCUGAGCGGGCUGGCCCGCACCUGUCACCACCGCAUCCGGCUAGGGGACUCUGAAAGCCACUACUACAUCUCGCCAUCCUCCCGGGCCAGGAUAACUGCAGUGUGCAACUUCUUCACCUACAUUCGCUACAUCCAGCAAGGCCUGGUGCGACAGGAUGCCGAGCCAAUGUUCUGGGAGAUCAUGAGGCUGAGAAAGGAAAUGUCACUGGCCAAGCUUGGCUUCUUCCCCCAGGAGGCCUAGCACGCAUGGCCUGGAGGGGGACUCUGAGCUGGAGCAAGACAUCUGCCUCGUGACAAACAGGAUGACAGGGUCCUGAAAACAGCCCUGAGCCAGAAGCUGAAAAGGACAAACAGCCAAGCUAUGAAGGCACCACUGAGCCAGGACCAAAUGUCCUUCCCAGGACAGACAGAGGGACAAACUGGCCUGGACAGCAUGAGAUGACCCUUUAUCUUCUCCACUGACUAAACCACCAGGAGAAUUUCCAGAAAGCACCAAAGACCAAGGAGCCCUGAGCCAUAUUUAAGGGGGGGUUGGCCCUUGGGAGAAGACACCUGGAGACAGCUGCUCCCCACCCCCAUCCCAGGAGCUGCUACUGUUACUGCCACAGCUCCACAAAGGGACUGAUGGUGAUAUCAGGGUCCCUAGGCCCUGGUCUACCAGCGCCCCCUUGUGGCCAUCCUUCAACCUGCUCCCUGGUGGGCUUGGGUGUUGGGACUGUCCCCAGUGGCUCUUGUUAUUCUGAGGGCCUGUGUGCAAGCAGGGCUUCCUAAUAGCUGUCUCCUCCAACCUGCACAAGUGCUGGUCCAGGCCCCUCCAUCUUCCCUGUGCAUUCAGGCUUCCCUGUCCCCCCUGACCUUUCCAUCUCAUUCCUGGGCCCAGGAGCUCCUGCUCCCGAAACAGCUGGUGGACUGGAGCCCUUUUCCUUCCAGAGUGUGAUACAGGGGGGCCUCAGGACAUAUUCGCAGCCACAGUGGGAGGAGGGGGGAGGGAGGGUCCCUGUACGUGGGACCAGGAGAGGUGGGCAGGACCUGGGCCCAAGCCCACCUGUCACGGCCCACUCAGAAUAGACCAGGGUUAGGGGCGCUAACCUGGACAUGUCCCUCACCAUGUCCCGAUUUCCUCCUUUGGACGGAAUGUAACACAAUCUCUAUUUAAUAAAGGAAGGCUUUGUUGGUAGGGGCUGGACAGGGGUGGCCUGCCUUCACUCCUGCGCCCUGGAGCUCUGGUCAAGGCUUGGGCAUC